UAAACAACCCGUUUUGAACACUUGAAAACCACUUUGAACACUAUCAACAUGAGAACAAUUCUCCCCUUACAGAACUACAGUGAAUCMGAAGCGGUUGCGGCUCAACAGCCAAGCAWACUCGCCCGUAAAGAAAACAUGCUAGAGCAGUACGACUUUCUUGAAGUACUUGGAGAAGGUUCGUUUGCUAAAGUAUUCAAAUGCAUAGAAAAAGAGAGUAAACGCAUCUUUGCAGCCAAGGAGUUGGAGUUCAACGGCGAUAAAAACUACCAGACUCUUAUAGAGCAUGAAGUUGAAAUCUUGCAAGGUCUGCGACACGAGAAUAUUGUUUCUCUUCAUACGUCGUUCUCAUCCGAGAGUUCUUUCUAUUUGAUCAUGGAAUUCGUUGACGGAGGAAGUCUGUUCGAUGAAGUAAUAGGCGAAGCUGUCUUUAGCGAGAAGCAAGCAUGUCGUCUCAUCAAACAGGUUUUGCAGGCGCUGGAAUACCUCCAUAAUCAAAGAAUCGUACACCGAGACAUCAAACCCGACAACCUUUUGCUCCAGCGAUCAAAAAACGGAGAUGACGUCACUGUUAAAAUUACCGACUUCGGAUUAGCCCGAAGACUUCCCGACGGUAAUGAAACUUUGCGCUGUGAUCCGAGUGGUGCACCGAUGUUUUUGGCGCCGGAAACGAUUCUCGAAGAGCCCGUUGGCUGUCCGGUGGAUAUGUGGGCAACGGGUGUCAUUCUCUACUUGAUGCUUGUUGGUUAUCCGCCUUUCUGGAGYAGCAGCGAUGAAUUCUUGUUAUUAUCAAUAUUAGAAGGUCGUUAUUCMAUGCCAUCACCUUACUGGGAUAACAUCAAAGCACCUACGAAAGAACUUGUUCACAAACUAAUUGUCCAGAAGCCUGAGCAGAGACUGACAGCUAGCCAGGCUCUUGCACACCCAGCACUCUCAGAUAGGGCUCUGGGAAGGAAAAUAUCUGUUGAAAGAGAAACCAACAGGAAUUUCUUAGCUGUUGCUUGCGGCAUUAGGGCAAUGGUGAAGUUCAAGAGACUUAAUGUUAAAAGCGUUAAUCGAAGACUAUCUGAAAGAGGAGCAGAUUUAAAGUCUCCAGUUCAUAUAAAAGUAUAAUAAUUCAUGUACAUAGACUAAGAUUUUGGUUGUAAUUAUUUAUAUUUUACAAAAUAUAUUUAAAAAUAUAUAAGCUGAAUACGAAAAAAUAAACGUAUCGAAAAUUGAAGACUACAA